GACAAUUUUCAAAAAUUGGAGGGUUAAUGUUUACAUAAGAAAAUUCUAUAUUAAUUGCACAGGGAAAGGGAAAAGUGAAAACUAAAUAAAAAGGGUUUUUUGUGGAUUUCCUCUGUAAUUUCGAAAUCGCUUUUCUGUUCUUUCAAAUAUUUUUCGACUAAUUGAAUUCAACCGCAACGUAUAUCAACGCAUCAGCGAGGGAGAUUCAAAAAGGAAAGAGUAAGCUUUUCCAACUGAAGGCUGAAACUACAAAGGAAAAGGCUGACAAUACUUUGCUGCUUGAAGCAGCCUACUGCUAGAUAUACAACCUAGUUUUGUCCUUUUGAGAGUUUCAACUGACUAAAGACUAUUGCUCACUUUAAGUAUUUGUUCACAAAAGAUGAAGCGUCGACGCGGGAGCAGAAAAGGUAAAGCAAAGAAGCCUCGGACAACUGGAACGAGUGAGGAGGCUCCUAAUAAUGGUAGUAUGAAUACCGAAACAAAUUCUGGUACAGAAGAAUCUGACAAUGAUGGAGUUGACUCUGGGGUUGAGGCUGAGACACCAUCUUCUGCCGUAACUGGUCUACCGGAAAAACCUGUAAUCGCUACUUCUGGUGCUCCAAGGGAUAAACCUGCAGGUUUAGCAGUUUAUGGGCGUAUGAAAGUAAAGAUCAAAACAUCAAAACCGUUAGAAUCCCAGCGUACCUCUUCCGAAGCAGCUACUCCUAGUGAUACUGAUAAAAGUAGCCAGCAAGCUGGUCCAGAAAAACAGGUUGUUUCUAAUGAGAAAAUGGAAGACAGUGCAAACUCAUUGCCCGAGGAUAAUGUAACUACCACUGGAAAUUUGCCAAAAAAAUCUGGAGGCAUAAAGAUUAAGUCUUCAAAGGGCUUUUCUUCAAGCAUGAGCCCUUGUAGUAAUGCUGAAAUGAUGAAGGAAGAGAAGACAAAACAGCAAGAGCCUGAGUUACAUCGCCGUGAUUUGAGAUUCAACAAGCAGGAGCUAGACACUGCUUUGGAGGUUAUAAGAAAAAUUAUGAAAAUGGAUGCUGCAGAGCCCUUCAAUGUUCCAGUUGAUCCCAUCGCUCUUGGAAUUCCUGAUUAUUUUGAUGUUAUAGAUACGCCUAUGGAUUUCGGGACAAUAUGUAGUAAUCUGGAAAGUGGUGUCAAAUACAUGAACUCCGAGGAUGUCUAUAAGGAUGUGCAGUAUAUAUGGAAUAACUGCUACAAAUACAAUAAUAAGGGUGAUUACGUUAUGGAGCUCAUGAAGCGGGUGAAAAAGAACUUUGCAAAGUACUGGACAGCAGCUGGCUUAUACAGCGAUCAUCUGCAAAGUGCCGAAAGCAGUCAAACUAAGGACACUACACCUUCAAGUCAUGGAAAGGAACCUACAAAAGGUGGUUCCUUAAGUCAGAAGAACAAAAAGCUUCAAGGGCUCAAGAAGCACAAGGAAGGAUGCCUUUGUGCUAUAUGUGUGAUGAUACGACGCAGGCAGGAGCGGGAGGAGAGCACUCGGUUGUUGGAUGACCAAGAGGCUAGUGAUGAUUAUCCAGAGGAGAUUAAAACAGAGGGAACUUCACCUGUAGAAAGUCGAGAGUAUACCUCAUCAAAUAUGGAGAAUUCACCUGAGCAAGAUGUUGAUGCUAAUCUACAGAAAAAAGGAGCAGAGAGAAAGUUAACUGAAAAUCAGGGAGCUUUACAUGAGAAGCUAGAGGAAGAGAUGGAGAGUGAAAUGGGAAUCCAAAGUAAAAGAGCAGGGGUCACCUCUGAGCAUUUGCAGUCAGGUCAUGUAUCUGUAUAUGAGCGCAAAGCACAUCAUCAGAAGCAAAAUGUGGAGCCAGGUGGAGAUUUGCUGAAUGACACUCGAAAAGAAAAUGUGCAGCAUGGAGAUGAAAAUGCAGCAACUGGGCAACAGAGGCCAAAGGAAUUGCAAGACAAGUAUCAGAAAGCCAAGAUGUUGGAGAACCUGCGCUAUCUUGAAAAUCCAACGGUUAUGGAGUUAUCGCGAAUCCUGUUUGCUGAUAAUCAAAGAUCUGUCUGGAAUGGACCACAUUCACUGGUUAAACGUGAGGGUUCCGCCCGCAAGAGCUCUAUUCAUGCAGCCAUUUCCAUGUUUAUGCAGUAGGUUAAUUCUUUUUCCAGAUGUUAAUGCAUGUUGAACGUGUGAUUCUGAAGUUUUGGAGGUCAAUGACACUGAUUUUCCUUUGUUCUUUUUUGGUAGUGGUCAAAUGGUAGGUCAAAGUGUACUUUGAGGGUGAUAAAACUCCGUUUAAACUUCUUUCUUUUUUGAAGAUAUUUGGUCGUUUCUUUGUAAACGCAGGGACUACAACUGACGAAAUGGAUGCUUUGUAGAUUAUCUGAUGUUUACUAUUCACUAAUAAUGAUUUUAACGCAUUUCAGUU